CAAGUAGCGUCGUGAUAUUUUUGGUCUUUUCGUCUUGACUUCAAAUUUAAACCAAACGAACUCAGAAGCCUGGUUAAGUCAGUUCAAGCAAGAUGUCGACCGAUCAAGUGUCUGUCGAAAUCCGAGGAAGCCAGAAAGAAAUUAAUCAAGGACAUCAACUGAAUCUGGGAGAUAGGGACCCGACUCAAAUGAAUGACCACGUGAGGGUAUUUUAUCAAGACGUUUUCGCCGAACCAGAAGGCACGCACAGCAUCGAURGAGUGUGGAAAACAUCCUUCUCGACCUUUGUAGCCACUAAGUACUGGUGUUACCGCAUCCUGACGGCCAUCUUUGGUGUCCCUACAGCCAUUCUCUGUGGRUGUUAUUUUGCGUGUCUUAGUUUUGACUACAUCUGGUGYAUCAUGCCCUGCCUAAGAGGAUACCUCAUUGAGCUCCAGUGCUUUGGUAAAGUCUGGGGACUUUGUAUUAGGACAUUCUGCGACCCUUUCUUUGAGUCUAUAUCCAAAGUGCUUUCUAAUAUUCGUAUCAGUAAAGGAUAACCAUGUCCGACACAGGAAUCCCRUACUAAAGGAAAAGAAACUGGCAUUAAGAGUAGCUGUGGAAUAUCAGAACUUAGAACCGCAUGCAUAUUUCAUGAUUUAUUAUUAUUACUAGUUAUYAUUUAUCAUUUAUUAAUCAUAUCUAGAAGUAAAUUCGUAAAUCUACAUG